UAGUUUUUUGUGAAACCGAACCAACAAGUGUCGUUCUGCUUCUUCAAGCGAAAAACCCAUUAAACAAUUUUUAUAACCUUAUCAAAUCCGAAUUUGAAUAAAGCCAUAAAAUCGGGCUGCGAACAACAAAAAACAAGCUGCCCAUGUUAUUUCGGUUAAAUUUGCAUUUUUCUAACGCAACAUAAGUCCGAGACAGAAACUGGCUGCAACCUCCCUCUCCGUCUCCUCAUCCAUCUCCUCAGCGAUCUCCAACGAAACCGAGGCGGACAAACAACUUCAAUUGCCAGCAUUCGUUGUGUGUUGCGCGUGCUCUUUUCGUACUCUCUCGCUUACUCUUGCGUUGAGCAAGUCGCCAAAGCUUUUCGACUCGUAUUCCCACCACCACCAUCGCCACCGUCCAUCUGUGUGUUCGUGUGUGUGAACGCUGCCGCCAAGUAUUUCACCUCAACACUAUUGUUGUAUUGUGCUUUAGCUGGUGUUUUUGCAUACGACUCCGACUUUUUGUAAUAAAAGAAGAAGAAAAUCGGUUUUGGCUCUUUAACUUUUAAAAGAAGUUCGAGAAAUUUUACUGUGCUGCGUUUGAAAGUGUCAGUGUAAAUGAAACAUUGAUACCGAUCGGAAGGACAAAUUGCAGCUGGUGCGCUUGUGCUGAAGAUCAUUGUUUCUUUAUUCCACUAAUAAGAAAUUUUGAUAUUUUUUAAGAAAAAAUCAAAAUAGAAAAAAUAAUUACAUAUAAGUUAUAGUGCAAAUAUAUAUUUCAAUAAAUAUAUAUACAGUUCAAGUGUUAACUUAGACCAAAAAACCAAACAAAAAACCCCAGAUUUAAGAAAAUCAACAUUCCACACAAAAUGGCAAAACUUUUUGUGGUUUUUGCCGUUUUAGCCGUUGCUGUUACAGCUGCCUCGGCUUCAAGCUAUGAUCGUGUCAAACGUCAAGCCAGCACUGAAGAACCCAAGAAAGAAGAAUCUUUCGAAAAGGAAUUGUGUAAAGACAAGGAUGCCGGCGAAUGGUUCCGUCUGGUAGCCGGUGAAGGCGAUAACUGUCGUGAUGUCAUUCAAUGUACCUCAUCGGGUCUCCAAGCUAUUCGUUGUCCAGCCGGUUUGUAUUUCGAUAUUGAAAAACAAACUUGCGAUUGGAAAGAGUCCGUCAAGAACUGCAAAUCGAAGAACAAGGAACGUCGUGUCAAGCCUUUGCUCCACACCGAUGAACCUUUGUGUCAGGAUGGUUUCUUGGCUUGCGGUGAUGGUAACUGUAUUGAACGUGGCUUGUUCUGUAACGGUGAAAAGGAUUGUAGCGAUGGCUCCGAUGAAAACACUUGUGACAUUGAAAACGAUCCCAAUCGCGCUCCUCCCUGUGACCCCACUGUCUGUGUCUUGCCCGAUUGUUUCUGCUCGGAAGAUGGUACCGCCAUUCCCGGUGAUUUGCCAGCCAAGGAUGUUCCCAUGAUGAUCACCAUCACCUUCGAUGAUGCCAUCAACAACAACAACAUUGAAUUGUACAAGGAAAUCUUCAAGGGCCGCAAGAAUCCCAACGGCUGUGACAUCAAGGCCACCUACUUUGUUUCCCACAAAUACACCAACUACUCGGCUGUCCAAGAAACCGCCCGCAAGGGUCAUGAAAUCGCUGUCCACUCCAUUACCCACAAUGACGAAGAACGUUUCUGGUCCAAUGCCACCGUCGAUGACUGGGCCAAGGAAAUGGCCGGUAUGCGUAUCAUUGUUGAGAAAUUCUCCAACAUCACCGAUAACUCCGUCGUCGGUGUCCGUGCUCCCUACUUGCGUGUCGGUGGUAACAACCAAUUCACCAUGAUGGAAGAACAGGCCUUUUUGUACGAUUCCACCAUCACCGCUCCCUUGUCCAACCCCCCACUAUGGCCAUACACCAUGUACUUCCGUAUGCCCCAUCGUUGUCAUGGUAACUUGCAGAAUUGCCCCACCCGUUCUCACGCUGUCUGGGAAAUGGUCAUGAACGAAUUGGAUCGUCGUGAAGAUCCCACCAACGAUGAAUACUUGCCCGGUUGCGCUAUGGUUGACUCCUGCUCCAACAUUUUGACCGGUGACCAGUUCUACAAUUUCUUGAACCACAACUUCGAUCGCCAUUACGAUCAAAAUCGUGCCCCACUUGGUCUGUACUUCCACGCCGCCUGGUUGAAGAACAAUCCCGAAUUCUUGGAUGCCUUCUUGUACUGGAUCGAUGAAAUCUUGGCCAACCACAAUGAUGUCUACUUCGUUACCAUGACCCAGGUCAUCCAAUGGAUGCAGAACCCACGCACCAUCAGUGAAGUCAAGAACUUCGAACCCUGGAGGGAGAAGUGCAGCGUCGAAGGCAAGCCUGCCUGCUGGGUGCCCAAUGCCUGCAAGUUGACCUCCAAGGAAAUUCCCGGUGAAACCAUCAACUUGCAGACCUGCGUAAGAUGUCCCAACAACUACCCAUGGGUGAAUGACCCCACCGGUGAUGGUUUCUUCUAAGUCAGCUAUAACUUAAAAAUUCAGCCAAGCCCCACUACCCUACUAUAACUACUAAGCACCAUAAGACAUUUUCUCUAACUUAAACAACCACUAGACCUACCUUCCCAAGAAAAUGUGUUUCCCGCCCUUUCCCAUUCCCAGACCCUGUCGUCUCCCCGCCCAACAAUCGAACACAUGCACACGUCUUUCCCGUUUCUUUUCUUUAAAAAAUGAGAACAUUUCUCCCAAAACAAUGUCAUUUGAACUUUGUAAAUAAUUUCCAAUUUUUCGAAAUCUUUUGAAACAUAUUUUUUUAAAUUUUUUAGUUUGUUUUUUAUUAUUAUUUUUAUUAUUUUUUGUUUGUUACAACAAUAAUAUAAACAUAUUUUUUUAUUUCUCAAUUUGCAAAGACUUUUUAGUUCGGCUUUUGGCCAUUGCACACAUCCCCCCACCAACCCAAACCAAGGGAGGUGCGGAAGUGAGUAAAUGGCCCAAAGUCAAUGCUGUGUUAAUUUUAUUAAAAAACAAAAAUAACAAAAACAUGAUGAUAACGAGAAGUGAACAAAUUUUGUUUAUCAAAAUACUGAAUAGUAGAAGAAGAAGAUGAUGAAGUGAAGAAGUAAAGAAGAAGAAAAAUAAUGGAAAAUCUAAAGAAAAAUCCAAAACGAGAUCGUAAAUAUUUUUCUUUUAUUAAUUUCUCUUUUGUAGAAUAUUAUGUUAUUUGUAACGUACUAUAUUUAAAAUAUUUUUAUAUUACAUACAUUCAUGUUGGUAUUUGUAUUGUUCAAUUUUUGAAUGUGUGCGUGUGUGUGGGUGGUAAACCUACACGUGCCCCACACACACACAUACACACGCGCACAUUGAACGAAAAAGUAAUAAAGAGACACGAUAUAAUUUGUAAACAUUACAACAACAAAAAACAACAUACAACAAUAAAUAAAAAACAAUAAAAAUUGAAAAAAAAA